AUACUAAAACCAAUAAUUAAACCAUAAAAGAGUUCAUGCAGACUUUCUCAAUGCAACUUUCUCUUCAAAAUGUAACUUGCAGUUCCAAUCAUCUUUUAAGAUUCUGGAGUUAACAAUGAAUCGUUUCAUCUUCUGUUUAACAACAGUUUACUUUAAAAAGAAAAAGAAAAAAAUCCAUCAUCAAACCAUGAAAUGUAUUCUCAAAAAGGGAAACGUGUGAAAAUAUCCUCUUUAAUUGAAAAUAUUAGAAACAGAAGCUACACCAGAGCGGUUACCCCCCUCCCCCUCUUUUGUCCUGCAUGUGUAAAUUAAUCUUGGCUGAACGUCAACGCUUCAAUUUUGAACGCGAAAAAGCACAUGAUCACAAAACUUCGCAUUCUAGUUUACAGACACAUCGUGGCGGACAGAUGGUCAAGACUGAAGCUCUGUCUUCCCAAGGGCAUUGCCCCCCCCGUGUCCAUUCUCUUGCAGUGGCUUGUGUUCCCUCCCCUCUGACGCCCCCGGGCCAUAUAAAUAGGAAGCCCGUCGGCUUUGCAGCAGAAUUGAGCUCAGCCGCUCUAAUAGCGAACAUCCCACUCAAACGCAUAAAAAAAACAACAGCAUGAGUCCCAGUAUCAGCGCCGAGGCCAGCCAGCCUCUUCUUGCACGGUCCACUGUGGCCCAGAGGAAACAGGCGAACGAACUCAGGAAGACUUUGAAACCGUUGCUGGAGAAGAGAAGACGCGCUCGCAUCAACGACAGUCUGAACCACCUGAAGAGUCUGAUCCUGCCGCUUGUCGGGAAAGACAACGCACGGUACUCCAAGCUGGAAAAGGCUGAUAUUUUGGAAAUGACAGUGCGCUUCCUAAGAGACCUUCCGUCUUCCCCAGUCAAAGACUCAGCAGAAAGCUACAGAGAAGGUUACAAAGCCUGCCUCCAUCGCGUCUCCGCGCUGCUUCCUAAAACAAGCCUGGAUGAGGACGCGUGCCAAAAAGUGCAGGAUUUCAUCAAGCAAUCCAUGACCGCCAACGUCAUGCCAACCUGCCUGAACUGCUGCGCGCAGAGCUCCAGGGCAUUCCCACAGAUCCACCAGAGACUCCAGAGCCUCAAAUCCAACUUCAGCUCCAGACUGGACAGCCAGUCCCGCAGCAACGGAGCCGCAACACCCAACAGAGCGCAGCAGUCUGGCGCGCAGCCGGUCAGCGCUGCCAUGUGGAGACCUUGGUAGACUGAAGGAACUUUUAGCUUCCGUUUAUUUAAUAUUUAACAGUAUUUUGUACUAAAACUGUGAUAAUUUUAAGAAAAAAGAUGAGAAGUUGAAGUCAAUUUCAACAUUUAUUGAUGCGUCCGGUGCCAGCUGGCACAUACCUGACAGAAGUCUGUCAACUUUUAAAUACGCAAUCCUCUUUGGGGUUUCAAAGAUGCGGGUGGUAGACAACACUUUUGUAAAACCCCAAGGGUUACUUUGUAUGAGGGUUGCACAGUAGACUUAAAAGUAUUUUGGUCUGUGCAACAGAGUUUUCUGUAAACACCAUGUGUUACCUUAUUUAUUAUUCCUGCAUGCAAAUCUUGUUUCGUGAGACUUGUAAUGUUUGCUUUUGACAAAGGGUUUCAAAUAAAUGUACAUUGUACUUAGA